GACCUGUUUGUGCUAAACGCAGAGAGAUAACAGCGCGAAGACGCCUCCGCACACCGCGGGGAUUUGUUCCGUUUAGCCGGCUAGCGUGCUAACAUUAGCAGCAGAGCUCCCCGGCUGGCUCCUCACAAACCUGGACACGAUGUCUCUGGUGGACCUGGGGAAGCGCCUGCUGGAGGCGGCUCGCAAAGGUCAAGACGACGAGGUCCGAAACCUGAUGGCCAACGGAGCGCCGUUCACCACCGACUGGCUGGGGACGUCCCCCCUCCACCUGGCCGCUCAGCACGGCCAUUACUCCACCGCCGACGUGCUGCUGAGAGCCGGCGUCAGCAGAGACGCACGCACCAAGGUGGACAGGACCCCGCUGCACAUGGCCGCCGCCGAGGGCCACACGGUCAUCGUGGAGCUGCUGGUCCGGAGCGGCGCAGACAUCAACGCCAAAGACAUGCUGAAGAUGACGGCUCUUCACUGGGCGGCGCAGCACGGGCACCACGGCGUCACUGAGACGCUCAUCAAACACGGGGCCGACGUGCACGCGCUCAGUAAGUUCGACAAGACGCCGUUCGACAUCGCCGUCGACAUCCAGAACACGGAGCUGAUGCUGCUGCUGCAGGAGGGCAUGCAGAACCAGGUGAACAUGAACCAGGUGAACAUUAACCAGGUGAGUAUGAACGUGGAGACCAGCACCACCACCAACCAGCCGCAGUUCAUCAUCCAGGGAAUACCAGCCAUCCAGGGGGGCGUGGUCAACCUGGCCGAGCUGCUCAACAAGGCCAACGCAGGUGACUCAGAAGAAGCGAUGGCCGCCAGCGCUCUGGACUCCAACAUCCAGCACGCCACUGUCGUCAACGAGGCGGGUCAGAGGGUCAUCACCAUAGUCACAGACCAGCACGGCAACCUGCAGACCACGGGGGGGAUGGCGCCGCCAUUCUUUGUCACCAUGCAGCACGGACAGCAGAUGUUGGCGGUGCCGGCCAACACGGUGACGGAGGAGGUGGUGACGGAGGAGCCUCAGCCUCCGCCCUCCAGGAAGAGGAAGCUGGAGGUGACCAACAAUCACAACGACACUGGAGAGACGGAGUUGUUGCAGAGGCAGCUGCUGGAAGCCAACAGGAAGGCACAGGAGUACCGGCAGCAGCUGAUGCGUAAGGAGCAGGAGGCCGAAGAGUACCGCAUCAAACUGGAGGCCAUGUCCCAAAGUCAGGCCAACAGCACCAACACAAACACCGCCGCCAACGCCGCCAGCCCCGAGGAGGUGGUGGGAGGGGAGGAGGAUGAGGAGGAGGCAGCGGCCGGCAUGGUGGAGGAGGAGGGCGAGAUGGUGGUGCUGCAGGAGGGAGGGAUCAUCAUGGAGGGGGAGGAGGGUCAGGUGACCCUGGUGGAGUCGGGGGGAGAGACGACGGAGGUCAGCUCCUAACAGAGAGGAGCGAGGGGGAGGAUACACACCGACGAAAAGACAGAUCAUAACCGGAGAAAUUUGGUUUGGCUCAUUAAUUUGCAUCCCUUUUAACAGAGUGUGAAGGAGAUAAGUCAUGGCAGGUUGGUUUCAAGUGGGCACCAUUUUGAAUCCCCAAAAGAAGAGGAGAAACAAAAUGGCUUCCCCCAAAAACAGCAGGAGGAGAGGGACGACUCAAAACAGACUAAAACAACAUGAUAGAGGAGUUAAGUCAUGUGCCAUCUUUAGGUCGCAUUUGUACUCUGACUGAAUGCCUACUUAAUCGGGAUGCAAAAUGGCUGCUGCAGAAUGGAAUGAAGCUGAACGGAUUAAAGAAAGACCAACUGAAGACAAAAAACGACCGCAGAGAGGAAAAAGAUAAAUCAACUCAGGAGGUCGGACGAUAACUCAUUAACUUUAUUUGUUGUAACAGCAAUCAGUGAUCCCAAACCAAUUUAAACAAACAACAUGGGGUUUGGGAAGACUGCCCUUCCUAUAUGCAGCCAUGUUUGUUAUCCUGAACAUUGCUUCAUUGCACCAUUUUACUUCCCCAUUCAACCUGGAGUGAGUACUGAAAGACAAGAUCACUAAACCUGAGGACACUCGUGAAGCAGGAAUUUAGAGUCAGUUCAGUUCGUCGGUUUAACAUUUCCCCGCUGUUUUUUUUCUUUUUUUUCUUUUUUUUUCUUUUUUUUUGAAAGCAGAUGGUUAGUACACCAUCUACACCCCAGUACACCCAUUUAAAUCUCUUUAUUUCUGUUAGGUUCAGUUUUUGUCGGUGGGUUGUUUUCAUUGGGCAAAUCCCUAAAUUAACACAUUUGAGGCCUUCAUAACUCUUAAAAUUAAACCUCUUUGAAACCCAGUUUCUUCAACCUUGCAAUAGCUUGCACCAUUUUGCUUCCCAAGACGAGUACAGACAAAAUAAGGCAACGACUGGAUGCUGUGGAAGUAAACAAGAAAGAUUUUUGGACACUAAAAUAACUCACUUAACGGCUUUCCUCGGUUCCUUGAUUGUGGUGUUAUAAUGCAUUUGUACUUUUGAACUCGUCGGAUGUCACUUCAUAAUGUUUUAAGAAAAAACUCGUAUGAUGUGAAGAACUGACCCAGUUCAAUCAUGAAAACCUUUCAUUUGCUCAGUAAUUAUGUUUAUUAUUAUUAUUUCAAACCAGCUUUGCUCCCAAAUUCAGGUGCUUAGAAGGCUUGUUGGGUCCAACAGGGCUGCGACCCGGGAUUAUUUUCAUCAUUAAUUAGUUGCCCAUUAAGCUCUUCAAAUGUUGAUAUUCAAAUUAAUUUCAUUAAAGAGUUUAACAUAAAACUGCAGAUAUUUACAUUUUAAAACCUGAGAAAUUUAAUAAACAGCUGAUCAAAUAUCAAAAUUACAAAUUUUUUUCCUAGUUAAUCAUCGUCUGCUGUGGAGCAGAGCUGAUUUAGACUUUCAAUUAUGCUUUGUAAUGUUUUACAUUCCUGUUGUCAGUUUUCUUUUCUUUAUUUUAUAACAGUCAGAUUAAAAUAAUAAUUUUUGGAUAGUUAUAGUGCGUUAAUGCAGUCGGUAACUGUUCCUGCUGGUGAGUUCAAGGACUCCUAACCCUACUGUGCAUUGUGUCCUGUGUCACUUCCAGCUUCCACAAAGCCCUGGAUUAACUAAUAACACCUUAGAUGAUAUUGUAUUUUAGCAUUUUAUAAAUUUACAAAAACCCACUGCCAUGCAGUCCUGGGACUUGUACAUGUCCGGAGUCACACGGCAGCUGCUGGCUUUGCCCAGGUGUUGAUCCGGCCUUGGAUGGUCCUCGGUAGAAUAAUGACACAGAUGAUCAGUUUGACAUCCUCGGGGUUGAAAUUGGAACAAAGGUGAGCGGCAUGAGAUCUCACCUGAACAGGAAACGCUCUCCAGUUGAAGUGAACGUAGCUCCAGAGUCUCCACACUGCAUUACUAUGAAACGGAAAGCUUUUCAAAUUCAGUACUUUAUCUUUGCAUUAUAAUUUAACCUUAUCCAAAAAAAUAAAUAAAAACCCAGCUGUGAUCUGUUGGACGUUUUGUAAAAUGCUCAGAAAGACAAACUUUAAAACGCUGGCCUGGUUCCGGGUUUUUAGUUGUCUUCCUGUCCUGGUUCAGCCCUGUUGGGUCUCACGGUGCAAAAGCAGUUAUUGAUUCCUACCUGUCAGCUGAUAGACCCACCUGUGCCCUCUCAGCAGCCCGCCGUGCCCUUCUGCCCUCUGAUCGGUGAUUCUGCAUCUUUUCAGUUGAGUAGGAUAGUUAUUUUUAUAAGCUCAGCGAAACCAACCUUUUUCUAUGUACAUAUAAAGUUGUAUUUUUUUAACUGUACCUGAAUGCUUCACAGUGAUGAUGAUGAUGAUGGCUGCCUACCUGCAUUGGUAAUCUGAAAUAUAAACACUUGUUUUUUUGACUAAGA